AUGUCGGCCGCCGCCGCAGCUACUGCGGGCCUUGAGAACCAACCGCCAGAUGCUCCCGCAUGGCGAGAAAACUUGAACACACAUCUCAUCUGCCCAGAUUGCAAACAGGUACCCCCUGAUCUUAUCGAAGAGAAUGCUGACACUAUCUGCGCCAACUGUGGGAUGGUUUUGGCUGAGCGACUGAUCAGUUACGAGUCUGAAUGGCGAACCUUCAACUCGGAUGAGGGCAAAGGCGAGGACCCAAACCGUGUGGGUGAAGCUGACAACGAACUUCUCCUCACCAACAAUGCGGGAACGAUGAUCGGAGGGGGUGGCCCAAAUGUUUCCCGGGAAACACGCAAGCUCAAGAAAGCGCAGGCUAUGCAGCUCGAAAACAAGGCAGACAAGGCUUUGCAGGCUGCCUACGCACAGGUCGAGGCUUGGGGAGAGAAGGCCAAGCUCACUGCGCCAGUUAAGAUGGCAGCGAAGAUGUAUUUCAAGCGGGUCUACGAAGCGAAUGCUCUCCGAGGCAAACAGACCGAUGUCAUUCUCGCCGGAUGCCUCUUCAUUGCCUGUCGUCAGCUAAAGACUCCCCGGUCUUUCACCGAAAUCUUCGGACUGACCUCGGUCCCUAAGAAGGAAAUUGGCCGCGCCUACAAGAACUUGGAGAAGUUCUUGACCAAGGCUGCCCACGACAACAUCCAGGCCGUCGAAGGCAGCGGAGGGAUUGCGAACCGAGACGUGCUUGAGUACCGCGGCACGCAGUCGACCAAACCAGAAGAUCUGUGUGGCAGAUACUGCAAUAUGGUCGGUCUGAACUUUCGAGUUGAAUCCAUUGCCAAAGCCCUUGCCAAGAAGAUUCCUACCAUCGAAGGCCUGGCUGGGCGCAGUCCCCUCUCCAACGCUGCCGCUUGUACUUUCUUUGCAAGCUGGUUGAUUGGCUUCGGCAAGCCCAGCAAACAAAUUAGCGAGGUUGCUGGUGUGAGUGACGCAACCAUCAAACACGCCUACCGUUACCUUCUCCAGGAGAAGGAACGGCUAGUCGAGGACAGCUGGCUCGGUGAACAACCCCCGCCUCAUGGUGGGUUUGGCGACUUGAAGAACCUGCCUGGUGCAUAA